AUGCUAUUGAUGAAGAGAUCACUACUACUACUUCUACUACCACUACUUCUUCAUUCUUCCUUUCUUUCUUUCUUUCUUUCUUUCUUUUUCCUUUCUUUCUCUCUUUCCUCUUCCUUUCUUUCUCUCUUUCUUCCUCUUCCUUCCUUUCUUUCUCUUUCUUUCUCUAUUUCUUCUUCCUUUCUUUCUCUCUUUCUUCCUCUUCCUUCCUUCCUUCCUUCCUUUCUUUCUCUUUUUUCUCUUUCUUCUUCCUUUCUUUCUCUCUUUCUUCUUCCUUUCUUUCUCUCUUUCUUCUUCCUUUCUUUCUCUCUUUCUCUCUUUCUUCUGCCUUUCUUUCUCUCUUUCUUCCUCUUCCUUCCUUCCUUCCUUUCUUUCUCUUUUUUCUCUUUCUUCUUCCUUUCUUUCUCUCUUUCUUCUUCCUUUCUUUCUCUCUUUCUUCUUCCUUUCUUUUACUCUUUCUUCUUCGUUUCUUUCUUCUUCGUUUCUUUCUCUCUUUCUUCUUCUUCCUUUCCUUCUUUUUCUUUCUUUCUUUCUUUCUUUCUUUUUCCUGCUUCUUCUUCUAUCUCUUCGUUUGCUUCUUUCCGCUUUUCAUCGCCAUUGAUACGUUCUUUCUGUCUUGUCUCUUUUUGGGGGGGAGGGGUUGUUUUAGUUUCUUUCCUCCUUGUUAUUUGUUAUUGCCUCUUUUUUUGUACUUUCAUUCUUUUUUAUCAAUUCUGUCUCUUUUCUUUCUUUCUCUAUCAAUUCUGUCUCUUUUCUUUCUUUCUCUAUCAAUUCUGUCUCUUUUCUUUCUUUUUUUAUCAAUUCUGUCUCUUUUCUUUCUUUCUCUAUCAAUUCUGUCUCUUUUCUUUCUUUUUCUAUCAAUUCUGUCUCUUUUCUUUCUUUUUCUAUCAAUUCUGUCUCUUUUCUUUCUUUUUUUUAUCAAUUCUGUCUCUUUUCUUUCUUUCUCUAUCAAUUCUGUCUCUUUUCUUUCUUUUUUUUAUCAAUUCUGUCUCUUUUCUUUCUUUCUCUAUCAAUUCUGUCUCUUUUCUUUCUUUUUUUAUCAAUUCUGUCUCUUUUCUUUCUUUCUCUAUCAAUUCUGUCUCUUUUCUUUCUUUUUUUAUCAAUUCUGUCUCUUUUCUUUCUUUUUUUAUCAAUUCUGUCUCUUUUCUUUUUUUCUCUAUCAAUUCUGUUACUUUUCUUUCUUUUUUUAUCAAUUCUGUCUCUUUUCUUUCUUUCUCUAUCAAUUCUGUCUCUUUUCUUUCUUUCUCUAUCAAUUCUGUCUCUUUUCUUUCUUUUUCACCUCUUCUUCUCCUUUUUCUUAGCAAAGUUUGUCUUUUAGCUAUCUACCCUAAUCCCUCUCUUCUUUCAUUUCUUGUCGUAGUAGACAAUCAUUGGUCUCCAAAGCUUCUUAUCCUUAUAAUUCUUUGUCUAUCUCUCCUAAUCCCUGUCUUCCGACAUUUCUUCUUCUUGUAUGCGUCGUGUCUCUCCAGAACGUAG